CCUUGAGCCAUCGCCGCCACCGGCCCUGUGGUUUCCCUGCCCCUUGCACAGGGGCGGCUCCGGUUAUGUAAUAUCAGCAGCCCCCAGCGAGACAAGGCGGGACACGCACUGUACAGCUCUGGCCACCUGGAGUCUGUGGGACCGACUGCUGCAGCGAUGGAAGCUCCUUGAGGGCCCUUUUCGAGCAGCCCUAGCCCGUCAAGGGAAAACGGCACCCACCGCUUGGAAAACUGGGGGGGUCCUUUCUCCUGCACAUCCCAGAGGAGACCCUUUCCCCUUUUUGCUUCCUCGUCCACCCUCUCCGGCUGCACACCUGGCCCAGGCAGCUAGGAAUUCCUGCAGAUAAUACUGGAUCUCUCCCUAAACCAGCUUCAAAUCGAAUGGGGGAAAAGGACGACCUAACUGCAUUUCAAGCUGUGCAAAAAUCCAGUUUCGAUGCCUCUGAACACCAGAUGCUGUGGAUCAAUAAGAGGAAACAGAGUUGGGCACCCUCGUGGCUUCAUGAAUGUCUAAUCCAGGCAGCUGCACGCUGCAGAUUCACAGAGCCAGCUCUGAGAACUUUGCUGCCACGGCUAAUUUUGGGGGGACCCAGCUGGAGCAGAGGCUGGGCAGGGCCCGGCCUGACAAAAUGCCCCCUUUCCCACCCCAGCAAGGAUGGGCUCGGGGAACCUUCCUCCCCUUGCACAAUCCCCUGGCAGGGGGGGAGCUUGGCCCCCAAGGAGAAAUGGAGCUCACCUGGCAAGAAAUCCUGUCCAUCUCAGAACUGCAGGGCCUUGAGAUGCCAGCUGAAAGCUGCUAUGACCCUGCCUUAUGCAGCCAUGCACAACCAAUGGUGCCACCUCCCAGCUACGGGCCGUGCACAGAGAUGGGGGACUGUUCGAUUUCCUACAGCCAUCCUGCUCCAGCAUACGAGCGCCCCUUCCCAGAAACUCUGCCAGGCCCUUGCACUGUCUACAGCUACACCGGCAUGCUGAUCUCGUCCUCCCUUGAGCCUCCUGGACCUGCCAUUCUGGGCGAAUGUAAAGGGGCACCAGGGAUGGUGCUGGAGAGGGACUUGGCCAGUUGCUAUGGGCCACAAGGCCCUUGCAAGCCCCAAGAGGACUUGGAAUCAGACUCUGGCUUGUCCCUUAACUACAGCGAUGCAGAGUCCCUAGAAGCAGAGGGGCUGGAGAGGGCAGAGUAUGCGCCACUGUACCCCAUGGACCAUGCACCACCCUACCCAAUGUUGCCCCCUGUGCCAGAGUUGCCCUGCGCCAACCCACCCCUGGAACAUUCUUUGGAGAAAGGGCGGAGCCCACGUGGGGAGCUGGUGGGCAGUCGGGACGAGCGGCGGGCCCUUGCCAUGAACAUCCCCUUCCCAGUCGAGAAGAUCAUCAAUCUGCCCGUGGACGACUUCAACGAGCUGGUGACACGCUUCCCGCUGAGCGAGCCUCAGCUGGCUCUGAUCAGAGACAUCCGCCGGCGCGGCAAGAACAAAGUGGCGGCUCAGAAUUGCCGCAAGCGCAAGCUAGAGACCCUGGUUCACUUGGAGCGGGAGCUGGAGGAGCUGAGUUGCGAGCGGCAGCGGCUGCUACAGGACCGAGGAGAGUUUAACAGGACCCUAGCGCUCACCAAGCAAAAGUUGGGGGCUCUCUACCACCAGGUCUUUUGCAUGUUGCGCGACGAAGCUGGCAACACUUACUCCCCUGAAGAGUAUGUGCUGCAGCUCGCGGCAGAUGGCGGAGUCUUCCUAGUACCGCGAAACAACCAGCCAGACAACCCCAGUGACUGAACAGAGCAGAUUCUGGGGGGAGGAAUUGCAGGGAUUGAAUAGACCCAAAAUAAGCAACCCUGCACUAUUUUCAAGGAGACUCAAGGAGCCUCCACCUCAGGCUUUGAGGCUACCCAAACAGAGGAGCAUGGUCUAUUGCAAGCCACAUGGCAAAUGAACGCAUAUACAUAUUUGUAACUGAACAAAUGCAAUUGCUUCUGAACUUAAAAGUGCUUAUGACUGUA